UUUUUUUUUCAAUUUUUUCUUUUUCCCCCCACUCUCCGGACCAAAAUAUUGCGCCAUUCCUCAUAAUUCACUGGCCUCUUCCCCCAGCCCAAGGACCAAAACCUCACUCUUCACACUCCUCGUCUUUAAAGUCCUUCACUGUCUCUUCCUCUCCGCAUCUCAUUUUUGCUGCACAGCAAAAACUUAGGGGGCUAAAAGGGUCUCUAUCAGUGAUUCGAUUUUGCUCAAAGGAAAAAGAAAAUGCCGCUAAGCUUAGCGGGAACUAGAGCUGUUUGCAUCUUGUUAUGUUUAGCUGUCGCCUCUCUCUUUGCCAUUGUUGGAGCUGAAGAUCCAUACAGAUUCUUCAAUUGGAAUGUCACUUAUGGAGACAUAUACCCACUCGGCGUUCGUCAACGAGGUAUACUAAUCAAUGGACAAUUUCCAGGCCCUGAUAUUCACUCAGUUACAAAUGACAAUCUUAUCAUCAAUGUGUUCAACAGCUUGGAUGAUCCUUUCCUUCUCUCCUGGAAUGGAAUUCAACAAAGGAGAAACUCAUACGAGGAUGGAGUUUAUGGAACCACAUGCCCAAUUCCUCCAGGAAAGAACUUCACAUACAUUCUCCAAGUCAAGGACCAAAUAGGGAGUUUCUAUUAUUUCCCUUCUUUUGCAUUUCACAAGGCUGCUGGUGGUUUUGGAGGAAUCAGAAUCCUCAGUCGCCCACGCAUUCCCGUCCCCUUCUCAGAUCCUGACGGCGAUUACACCAUUCUUAUUGGAGAUUGGUACAAGUCUAAUCACACGGAUUUGAAGGCUCAAUUAGAUGGUGGUAACAAGCUACCAUUCCCUGAUGGAAUUCUCAUCAAUGGUCGCGGGCCCAAUGGUUAUGCGCUUACUGUUGAACAAGGAAAAACUUACAGGCUCAGAAUAUCAAAUGUUGGGUUGCAACAUUCACUAAACUUUCGCAUUCAGAAUCAUAAAAUGAAGUUGGUAGAAGUGGAGGGCACACACACUCUCCAGAAUACCUACUCUUCACUCGACGUUCAUGUUGGCCAAUCUUACUCUGUUCUAGUAACAGCUGACCAGCCUGGCCAAGACUAUUAUAUUGUGGUUUCUUCUCGGUUCACGACUCCCAUCCUCACCACCACUGGUGUUCUUCACUACAGUAACUCUGCUGGUCCUGUCUCUGGCCCACCCCCUGGUGGACCCACCAUUCAGAUUGACUGGUCUCUCAACCAGGCUCGCUCCAUUAGGACCAAUCUUACUGCAAGUGGACCAAGACCAAAUCCACAAGGCUCAUACCACUAUGGUAUGAUCAACACAACCAGAACUAUCAGAUUUGCAAAUUCUGCUGGCCAAGUCAAUGGCAAACAGAGAUAUGCAGUGAAUAGCGUGUCCUUUAUUCCAGCAGAUACCCCACUAAAACUUGCAGACUACUUCAAAAUUCAGGGAGUUUUCCGUGAGAACAGCAUACCAGACAAACCUUAUGGAGGAGGAAUUUACCUUGACACAUCUGUUUUGACUCUUAAUUAUAGAGAAUAUAUGGAAAUUGUGUUCGAGAACAAUGAAGACAUUGUCCAGAGCUGGCAUCUUGAUGGUUAUAGUUUCUUUGUUGUUGGUAUGGAUGGUGGACAAUGGACAUCAGAUAGCAGGAACCAAUACAAUCUUCGGGAUGCAGUUGCACGAUGCACCACUCAGGUAUAUCCCAAAUCAUGGACUGCCAUUUACGUGCCACUUGACAACGUAGGAAUGUGGAACUUAAGGUCAGAGUUUUGGGCUCGCCAAUACCUAGGCCAGCAACUGUAUGUGCGAGUUUACACAACAUCAACUUCACUUAGAGAUGAAUAUCCCAUCCCAAAGAAUGCACUUCUCUGUGGUAAAGCAAGUGGUCGGAGGACUCGACCUCUUUAAGCUAUCGAAACAGUGGGAAGCCAGGCCUGUCGUCAAAGCUAGCUAGUUCGGCAGAACGAAGAGAGAGAUUUUUGCUUCUUGUUUUAUUGUUGGUUGCUCCGCUGAGGAUAAAUACGGAGGAACACGUAGAGUGUACGAUUAGAACUCUUGAAUGACUUCAUCUCGAGGUCACAUUCUUUUCCACUAAUGAUUAUUCCCUUCUUUAUAUUUGCUUACACUAUCAUUUGUUAUUACUGGGGCAUUAAGGCCAGCUCAUUCUCAAGCUGGCUCUAUUAAUUUAUAGAAGUUUUGUAUCAAUUUGCAUCA